AUGCCACCCUGGCAGCUGCAGGAUCGGGGACAGCCUGACCCAAAAGUGGCCGAGUGUUUGCAGGCUCAGGCCCUGGCCUGUGUUGCACCUGAUGGGCCACUCAUGAGUCCUGUGCUCCUGCCUCUUCUUGGUCAUGAUCGACUGUGCGGCCUCGAUGACUGCCUGCAACAAUACAUUAAAAAUUUCGAGAGAGAAAAGAUCAACGGGGAGCAGCUGCUACACAUCACACAUCAGGAACUUGAAGAAUUGGGAGUCACUCGAAUUGGCCACCAAGAACUGAUCCUGGAAGCAGUGGAUCUCCUGUGUGCUUUAAAUUACGGCUUAGAGACGGAAAACCUGAGGACUCUCUCUCACAAGCUGAACGCGUCGGCCAAAAACCUCCAGAAUUUCAUAACGGGUAGGAGGAGGAGCGGCCAUUACGACGGCAGAGCCUCCCGAAGACUGCCAAACGAUUUCCUUACCUCUGUGGUUGACCUGAUUGGUGCUGCCAAGAACUUGCUUGCAUGGCUGGACAGGUCUCCAUUUGUCAGCGUGACAGAAUACUCACUGCUGAAAAAUAACAUUGUUCAACUGUGCCUGGAACUAACAACCAUAGUGCAACAGGAUUGCACGGUGUAUGAAACAGAAAAUAAAAUUCUUCAUGUGUGUAAAACGCUUUCUGGCAUCUGUGAUCACAUCAUUUCUCUCUCAUCUGACUCUCUGGUGUCUCAGUCAGCUCACCUUGAAGUUGUUCACCUUACCAGCAUCAUGCCCAGCGAAGGUCUGGGAAUGUAUAUUAAAUCAACGUAUGACGGGCUACAUGUGAUCACCGGAACAACUGAAAAUUCUCCAGCAGACCAGUGUAAGAAAAUUCAUGCAGGAGAUGAAGUGAUCCAGGUCAAUCAUCAAACUGUGGUUGGCUGGCAGUUAAAGAACCUGGUGAAUGCGUUGCGAGAAGACCCCAACGGUGUGAUCUUAACGUUGAAGAAACGGCCUCAGAAUACUCUCGUAUCUGCUCCUGCCUUGCUGAAGAAUGUGAGAUGGAAGCCUCUAGCCCUCCAGCCUGUCAUCCCAACGAGCCCAACUAGUGGUUCUACCACGCCAACCAGCACCAUGGGCCUCGGCUCCAAAGUGGACAACUCGGCUCUCCAAGACGUUUUCAUCCUCUCCCCUAUGUCGGGACUCUACGGCCCCAGAGAUGACAUUGGAAUUGUGCCUUGCGACGACAUGAGCAAAUAUGGCAUGGGGAAGUCAGGGAUGAAGGGCUCCGAGUCUCCGAGCUACUUUCUGGAACACGAAAGUGGAAAGUAUUACACGUUGAUAGAAGGCGAAGGCCAUCCGGCAAACUCAGAGUAUGAAAGAGGCAGAACGACAGGAGUGCGACGAAGAGAAAAGACGCCCACACAUGGCGAUCUGAGGCCAGUUUCUAUGCCAACGGAGUACAGCUGGGUAGGAGAUUCAAAAGAACUGAAUAUGUUCAAGAGGGGUAGCCGAGACUCUGAGAACUCACUCCUUCGAUACCUGAGUGAUGACAAGAUUUUGGUGAUCCAGGAAGAGCCGUCAACUCAGAAGGACAACAAGCGGGAUACCGGCCGGAGAUCAAGGAAAAAGGGCAAGAAUAGUGGAAGCCCCAACUAUCUCAUCAGUCCGUCCAUGUUGACCUCAUCUGUUAACGUCCGACUUGAACCCGGGCAGCAAGACGUCUUGAAUUUCUCCUUAGCUGAAAACAACACUGUGCCACUUUAUCAUAGAGCGGGGGAGACCGUCGGCGGAGAAUCUGAAAGAUAUGUGAGUUCGGCUGUUGAGCGACAAGGGAACACAUCUAUGAGGAAGUCUUUUCACUACGCUUCCCUGAGAGUAAAAAGCAAAAAAUGGCCCAAAGGGGGCUCGCUCAACAACAGCAGCCGGCGUCGGAUCUCCUGCAAGGACUUGGGCCACGGAGACUGCGAGGGCUGGCUGUGGAAGAAAAAGGACGCCAAAGGGUACUUCACCCAGAAGUGGAAAAAAUACUGGUUCGUCCUGAAGGAUUCUUCUCUCUAUUGGUACACCAACCAGAAUGAUGAAAAAGCUGAAGGAUUCAUCAGUUUACCAGAAUUUCGGAUAGACAGAGCUAUUGAGUGCAGAAGAAAACAUGCUUUCAAAGCAUGUCACCCCAAAAUUAAGAGCUUCUUCUUUGCCACCGACUGCUUGGAGGAAAUGAACAGAUGGAUGAACCGUCUAGGUCUUGCAGCUAUUGGUUAUACUCCUGACGACAAGGAUAUCCGGCCAGAUGAAGCAGAUUACUGGAGUGAAAGUGACCAAGAAGAGGUUGACGGCUCCUUAACACUGAAGCAAGAGGGACCCCUCUCACUGUGCGAUACCUACCAUCGAACACCUUCGAUGAAUUCCUCAAGUCCGUACCCCGAGCCUAAACACAGCCGACACUUCUCUAGUGAAUCAACGUAUUCUCACUCUUCUGCGGAAGAUUCCCGGCAGGAUCCGACGGGGACCACACACUCAGCAGGGUGCCGACCGCCCUACCGGGAAAGACGAUCCUGGCAGGAUCUCAUAGAGACCCCACUGACCAGUUCGGGCCUCCAUUUCCUCCAAACAGUUCCACCCGACCCCGAGUACGUGAGCGGGCGGCUCGGCUUGUCUCCAGAGAGGCGGCGCCAAGCGACGCUUCCAGUCCAAAGGCGGCACAACCACGACCAGGACGGUCCGUUCCCCUUAGUGGAGGCCCACCGGGGUCCCAGCGCUCACGCCCGGCCUCAGAAGCAACGGAGCCAAAGCCUUCCACGAAACCGAGAUGUUCGGAUCAAAGGCCGUGUAAAACCCAGUGGGAUAACAGAGGAGAAAUCGGAAGAAAAGCUGCCCAUUAAAAAGCAAAGCAGUUUGUGCGAAGAAGAUCAUGCAGAAGAGCAAAGCGAGAGCACGGAUGGUUUGCACGAGUUGUACAAGUCUCUGGAACAAGCCAGCCUGUCCGCCUUUGGAGAGCAACGCCCUUCCACAAAGCAAGAAUUCCGGAGGUCCUUCGUCAAAAGGUGCAACGAUCCCGUGGUCAAUGAAAAGCUUCAUCGUAUCAGAGUCCUCAAGAGCACUUUAAAAGCAAAGGAAGGCGAUCUCACCGUGAUCAACAACCUGCUCCACGACCCCAACUUGACGUCCAAAAAAUUCAAGGAGUGGAAAAUAAAGAACUAUGAGUUUUUCCUGGACAUUUGUGAGUACAGCGCUGCUCUCAAAGCCCAAAAUGGAGCUUCUGAACUCGUGACUCCAACCCCUUUGCUGACACACACACAUUCCUUCAUCGAAACCCACGUCUGACAGGAUGUAGCACAGGGAACACAUGGGGUGGGGUGGGGUGGGGUGGGACAACAAACCCAGUGCGGGAAGUCCAUCGCGACAGAACACUGUAACCUGUGUAAAUAUUAUACUCAACUGAAUUGUAAAUAAGUUGGAUAAGAAAUUAGUGCCACAGGAUGCCUAUCUGCAUUGCAUGAUAAGAACGUCUUAUUUUCCUUGGAAUUAAUUUCGGUUCUUUGCUCUUGGGUUCUGCAUUAGAAAGAAGCAGUGCAGAAAGUGUUCGCCGGCAGAAUAAAACAACCCUGUAUAUUCACGAGUACUGUCUUAAAAGUGAGGAGAGUAGAGAACAGAGCUCUCUGACUAUUUUAUAUAUGUAGAUAUACUGUAUGUAACCAUAUCUAUGUAUAUGAAAUUGUAACAUGAAAGCUGAGGUUUAUUUUUUAAAUACUUGGAAAUGCCCAUCCUCAUGAUUUUCUUCCACCUCACUUUCACUCUUUUUUUUUAAAAAAAAGAAAGAUAAUGUAAAGCAUUAGAAAACAAAAUAAGCAACAGGAAAAAAAGAAAUACUACAACAACAGAAAUGUAUCGGCCACUCCUAGGGAAGAAGAAAAUGCAGAAGAACGUUCAAAAUCUUCAGCAUUUCCAAUAAGUUGUAGCUACUGUCUUUUGCAAACAUUGAACAAGGCUGGAGUAGCAUGGAAAUGAUAAACAAUCCCUUUUGGUGUGCCUUAAAAAAAUGUAUAGCGUAUAUAUAUCCAGGAGAAGAACUUUUCCCAUUGCCACUCCAGGCACAAAAACUGUACAUGCCGUUGAAAUGCUGUGCUAUUUUUACAAAAUCGUGCCUGCUUCUCAGAGGAGUAAUGGCCCUUGAAAUGCAUGUGUGCGCAUCGGGCUCAGAUGACGUUACAAGGCAGUCUUUUUAUUGUUGUUGUUGUUUUGGUUGAAGCUGUUGUAUAAGGCAGCUUCUGGUUGUUUCUGUACGGUGGUGGGACGGCCAUCAGAGACCACCACCGCCACCCCUUCCGACAAUUACGAGAGCUUUUCGAACGGUCAGCAUCGAUUCACUGUGAAUUUCGUGCCACAGGCCUGUGACCCACAACAUUCUGAGACGGCCCUUGGCUGCCUCUCAAAAAUAAGGGAACGAAAUGGGAGUCUGAGUUCAAAACCACUGUCUCUUAUAGAUGCCUUCCUGUAGAGUUGAGGGAAUCCUUUGUAUGUACAACAAAUGUUGGACUGUAGUGAGCAUGCUCACGCCUCACACCAAAUGCCUAAGAAAGAAAGAAAGAAAGAAAGAAAGAAAGAAAGAAAGAAAGAAAGAAAGAAAGAAAGAAAGAAAGAAAGAAAGAAAGAUUAACAUGGGCCAUUGAGGAGCAAUAAAACAGUACCAGGGGCCCUCCAAGUGGCCUAUGGAGAUAUUGGCAUAGGCUAAGACAUUUUGGUCCAAGAAAUGAAGAUGUCUGAGGCAGAAAAGCUAAGCAGUUAUCAAUGCAGGGUAAAAAAAUAUAUACUGUAUAACAAUAAACCAAAUAAAUGAGCACUUAUUGCCCUGUGUUGGUACUCUUAGACAUCUUUCCUCAGAUGGCCUAGGUACUGAUGGUUGAGACUCUGGUUUGGUUUAUGAACCCGAAUGUAACGAAAGUUUCGCAAUUCUCAUAGAAGAGAAAGAAAACGUGACAGAGUUGCUCACCCUGUAUUUCUCCAUAUCAAAUUGUGUAUUACAUCUCUAUCCUGCCUUCCUUCCUAGGCCACAUCAUUCUCCUGCCCAGUUUUAUCUUGUUAACAACCCUUUUCGUUUAAGAGAUCUUGACUAGAGAUGGGCACAACCCCCAGUUCAGCUGUUGAGGGCCAGCUUGUCCUUUGGACGCACCGGUGUUUGGCGCUUCCCGGCCCCACUUCCUCUGGCGGGCACCCACGCAGAGGCUGCACCCUGGCCGACCAGCUGGCCCGGUCUCCUCUGGACACGUCCUCUGAGUGGACAUCACCUGGAGGAGGUGGGGGUGGGAAGUGCUGGACCCCUGUCUGUCUGAAGGAUGAACCAGCACGUACCGGCGAACUGGCCGUUUGGGCCCAUCUCUAACCAUAACUGCCCGAAGGUCACCCAAUAAAAUGUACGUCUUGGUAGGAAUUUGAACCCAGUUUUUCCCUAACUGUAGCACAAUACCCUAACCAUUUCACCAUGUGAGUUCUUAUACUUGGUCUAGAUCUGGUGGUACAUGCUGGAGACUGCAGAUAUUUGCGUUAAACAGAGGUUUACCACUGGGGAGAAAUAACCUUUCUGUUAUUCUUUUUUUCUAAAAGUUUAUAAACUAUUGCAACGUAUUUGUUUACAUGAAGAUUGUUGAAAGAGCACUUCUUCUCACACACACACACACACACACACACACAGAGAGAGUGUUGCUGCUGCUGCUCGGCCUCUAUUCAUUUUGUUGGCACUUGCGCAGAAAGCCCAGAAGUCUACAGAAAUAAACUGGGAAUACGCAACAGCAACGCUUAGUGGGGUGUGCAUUCCUAUGAAUUAGCUUUGGCCUUAAACACCCCUUUGGCAAAGUGGGUAAGCUAAAGAUGUGAGGCAGUAGAAGCGAUGCAUUGCACCUUUCACCCCCCCACACACACACUUCGCUUGUUGUCUGUAGCAUCUCAAUCAGCGGUGGGCAACACACGGCCUGCAGUAAACGUGCGCCCUAGCGCUACUGAAGGAAAGGUUCUGCUGAUACUCAGCAGAGCUGCCUGAAACAAACAAUAAAA